AUGGCAUCGAGCUGUAGCAAGCUGCAAGACACCACAAAUAAAUCCAAUUCUGACAAUUGCCCCGGUGAAAUGUCUCCGGCCACUGAACUCAGGUGGCUCUGCCGCCUCCUCGACGACUCUCUCCGCCCAUACACAGUCUGUUUCACUCUUCCACCUUCAGCUCUACGCUUUCCUUCUUUUAUAUUUAUUUUCUACAUUUCUCCGCUCAUUCCAUUCACCAAAGACGCCUUUCUCGUGCUUCAGGAACCACGGGCCUCCGUUUCCAUUUCCAAAGAGAAGGAGAGGGAAAUUCUGAUUGCUUCUUCUCAGGUCGUGACAAAAAUUCAACUCCGGAUUCGGGAAUUUGAUUCUGGUGCAGAGGCGGACCAUGCUUCCAACGAAGAGGAAUUGUGCGGUUCCAACCAGCAUUCGUCCGUCGAUCAAUGUCUGCCUAAAAUCGUCGAUGAGAUGAUGGUUUUGCUAACUGUCAAGAGUGAAUUUGUUCAACAUGUGGCUGUCAACGCUCUUGCCUUAACUUCACGGUUUGUGUACACAACGGUAUGA